GCGGUACCUGCCGGAGAUGCGCGCGCAGGAGGAAGGCGGUGCCCGCUCGGCAAAACGAGCAAAGCGAGAAGAGGAGGAGCCUGAAGCGCAACAUGGCGCCGCCCGUAGUACUGCGCUCGUUUUCGCGGCUGCUGGCCCCCGCCAGGCUGCCGAGCUGCUCUUCAACACGGUCAAAGUUCUAUGUCCGGGAGCCAGUCAAUGCCAAACCUAACUGGGUGAAAGUUGGGCUGACCUUGGGCACCUCGAUUUUCAUGUGGAUUUAUCUCAUCCACCAACACAACGAAGAUGUUUUGGAGUAUAAAAGAAGAAAUGGACUGGAAUAAACUUUGGAGAUACUACAGCAUUGUGUUCGUAGUGCUCGGAGCAAGGCGACAUAAUUUGUGAGUGUUCCCUACUGUGUUUGCCUUGUCUUAUACUUGCAUAUGAACUCUGUAAAAGCAGGACUCUUGUCUACUGUGUUAAUGAUCAUGUUCUCAAACUGUACUGGGUACCCAGCCAUCCUGGGAGCUUAAUAUUUGUAGAACAAAUGAAUGUAUAAAGGCCUGGCCAUUUUGCUAGGAUUGUCACUACAGCUAGCAUCCAAUUGAGUAGUUCAGGUAAAACCCAAUAUGAAUGAGAUAACAUAUUUUCCACGGUCUGUGAUUUAAGAGAGAAGAUUUGUGAGUAUGUGUGUGCACUCACGUGUCAUAACAUACAUAUAUUACAUAAGCAUGUAAUAUAUAUGCUUUAUUCCUGAAAAUUAUUUGAAAGAUAUUCUUUACCCUGGAUAAAGUGAAAUCCCUCAUUUAAAAAAAACAAAAACAAAAACAAAACAUAGCUUCUAGACUGAGGAGUUAGCUCAGUGGUUAAAGCAACUGCCAUACAAGCAUAAGGACCAGAGCUCAGAUGUUUGGAACCCAUGUGAAUGCUGGGUUGGCAUGGUGACCAUUUGUAACUCCAAAACUCUGAAAGUGAACCAAGGGUUCCCAGAAUAAGGUGGCUAACUAAAUCAGCCACUGGUGACCUCUGGGGCCAAUCAAGAAACCGUGCCUCGAUGAAUAAGGUGGAAAGCCAUUGCAGAGAUCCCCAGCAUCAGCCUUGGGCCUCACAUGAUUGUUGCACACACAUACCACAGACAUGUGCAGACAUGUAGACAUGCACAUACACCACACAAAAUAAUUCCGUUUCCAUGGGUUAAGUUGAUAAAAUAGCUUAUAUCUGCUAGAUAAUAAACAUAGUAACCACAAAACACAUUUUCUUUAUUUAAGAACUCUGAAAUUUGGGCUAGAGAGCUGGCUCAGUGGUUAAGAGCACUGACUGCUCUUCCAGAGGUCCUGAGUUCAAAUCCCAGCAACCACAUGUUGGCUCACAAUCCUCUGUAUGAGAUAUAAUGCCCCCUUCUGGUGUGUCUGAAGACAGCUACAGUAUACUUGCUUAUAUAUGAUAAAUAAAUCUUUAAAAAAAAAAUCUGAAAUUUACAUUUUAGCAUUUAUUGUCCAUAUCUUUUGCUUCUUUUUCUGUUAAUAGCACUUUGUCCAUUUCAGUAUUUUUGCUUUGAAUUUAAAAUGAAGUACUGAUAUUAUUUAAUAGAUAUAUUUUCUUGUGCUCUAAGAUGCAUUAUUCAGAGAUGUCCAGAUUUAGCAUUAUCUGAGUUGAUUGGUUUAUCACCCCCACCUUCCUUGCAGGUCUGCUUCCUGUGAUGAUCUUUGUCAUUCCUCUGAUCUAUCCAGAGUUGUGGAUAUGAGAAAAAAUUUACAUGUGAAUAUGUCCUAGUCAAGUCAACGUGUAUAUUUUGCAUUGUUAAAGAAAUAAAAAAGGGGUUGGGGAUUUAGCUCAGUGGUAGAGCGCUUGCCUAGCAAGCGCAAGGCCCUGGGUUUGGUCCCCAGCUCCGAAAAAAAGGAAAAAAAAGAAAAAAAAAGAAAGAAAUAAAAAUACUUGUGCUCUUCA